CCUGCUUGAUACACAAUUCGUAUGAUAUUUGAGGAACAUCGUUACAGCUGACUAUAGAGAGAGCUCACAACUCCGAAAGGUAGUUUAAAUGGAAAUGUGUGUUCAGUAAUGUUCAAAAGCAAAGUUACUGAAACCAGGCGGUACCUUUUACCACUUAUCGUUUCCCCUCGGUCAUAUUUGACUGUUACACUGGUUUGGCACUCGAACCACCGUUGAUAACAUCCUGGAGUAAAUUUUACAAAGUGUUUCUCAUACAGGUCAGGUUGCUGUGAUGGCGGUGAAGCUGCAAGGCUUUGAGUUCUGGAAGACCACGCUGAGGGGGGCGCGUUACGUCGUUGCACCCAUGGUGGACCAGAGCGAACUGGCCUGGCGUCUACUGAGCCGUCGCCAUGGCGCCGAGCUGUGCUACACGCCCAUGCUGCACGCGCAGGUGUUUGUACGUGACGCCAACUACAGGAAAGACAACCUGUACAGCGAAGUCUGCCCCGAAGACAGGCCGCUUAUUACACAGUUCUGUGCCAACGACCCAGAGGUGUUUGUCCAGGCAUGUCUACUGGCUCAGGACUACUGUGAUGCUAUCGAUCUCAACCUGGGAUGCCCACAGAUGAUCGCCAAGAGAGGGCACUACGGAGUCUUCCUACAGGAUGAGUGGGAGCUGCUGGAGAAGAUGGUGAAGCUAGCCAAUGAGAAGAUCUCUGUUCCCAUCACCUGUAAGAUCCGUGUGUUUAACAAGAUGGAGGAGACUGUUCAGUACGCUCAGAUGCUGGAGAAGGCUGGAUGCCAGCUGCUGACCGUCCACGGUCGGACCAAGGACCAGAAAGGACCCGCCACGGGCAUCGCUAGCUGGGAACACAUCAAGGCUGUACGGAACGCUGUUAACAUCCCUGUGUUCGCUAACGGUAACAUCCAACACCUGAGUGAUGUGGAGCAGUGUAUGGAGGAGACUGGAGUACAGGGGGUGAUGAGUGCAGAGGGGAACCUCCAUAACCCAGCUCUGUUUGAGGGUCACAGCCCUCCUGUAUGGGAGAUGGCUGAGGAGUAUCUAGAGGUGGUCAGUCAGUACCCUCCUGUAACCCUGUCCUAUGUCCGAGCACACCUCUUCAAGCUCUGGCACCACACGCUGCAGAUCCACAAGGACCUGAGAGAGGAGCUGGCCAAGGUGAAGAACCUGCAGGGGCUGACAGAGGUCAGCAGACAACUCAGACUACGCUGCCAGGAGGAGAUAACCAAUGGAGGAGAGGAGGCGGGGCAGGUGGUUGGGCUGCCAUUCCCUCAUUGGAUCUGCCAGCCGUACGUCAGACCAGUGCCGAAGGCUCCGGUUGCUAACAGCAACGGUACGGAGGUGAAGGCAGGGUGUCACAAGAGGGCGUUGUCACAGGAGGACUCGGACGGGGCGAGCGAUGCCCUCUCCAAAAACAAACAGAAGAAGAAAGCCAGGAACCCCCAGAAGAACUUCUGUCCCGAGCAGAAACCAAAGUACAUCAAGUGUGAGCAGUGUGGAAAUCCAAAGGGUAAUCAGUGUGUAUUCAACCUGUGUCGAGGCUGCUGUAAAAAGAAGGCCCACAAGGAGGUGGCAGACUGCCCAAGUCACGGGCUGAGGUUCAAGACCAAGGCAGAGAAACAGAAGUCAGAGCGGCAAGAGGAGGAGGAGGAGGAGGGAAAGAGCAGAGGAUUACAGGAGGAAGAGGAUGGAGGAUUGUUGAACGGGACCCCCAGCCCCCCAACAGACCCCCCACAGAGGACAGACUGUGGCCUGAGACAUGGACUAACAGGGACAUAGACAUCCAUUCAUAUGUAGAGCAGUACACACACACACACACACAGCAGGAUGUGGAGAACUUUAUCCAUCAACAGUAUACAGAGACACAAGAACGUAUUGUAAGGAACACACACGUGCAUCCAUACUGUCUCAUACAUACUCGCCACUGUCCUCCAUUGCUGCUGUGCUGAACUGGCUUUGAUGGGGUUUCACCACUACGCCCUCCUCCUCCUACCUGACUGACUGGGGGAGUCUUCCUGGACUGAUGUAAUGAUUAGACUCCUCCUACAUGACUGAUGUAAUGGAUAGACUCCUCCUACCUGACUGACUGGGGGAGUCUUCCUGGACUGAUGUAAUGGAUAGACUCCUCCUACAUGACUGAUGUAAUGGAUAGACUCCUCCUCCUACCUGACUGGGGGAGUCUUCCUGGACUGAUGUAAUGGAUAGACUCCUCCUACCUGACUGAUGUAAUGGAUAGACUCCUUCUACCUGACUGACUGGGGGAGUCUUCCUGGACUGAUGUAAUGGAUAGACUCCUCCUACAUGACUGAUGUAAUGGAUAGACUCCUCCUACCUGACUGACUGGGGGAGUCUUCCUGGACUGAUGUAAUGGAUAGACUCCUCCUACCUGACUGACUAGGGGAGUCUUCCUGGCCUGAUGUAAUGGAUAGACUCCUCCUACCUGACUGACUGGGGGGAGUCUUCCUGGACUGAUGUAAUGGAUAGACUCCUCCUACCUGACUGAUGUAAUGGAUAGACUCCUCCUACCUGACUGACUGGGGGAGUCUUCCUGGACUGAUGUAAUGGAUAGACUCCUCCUACCUGACUGAUGUAAUGGAUAGACUCCUCCUACCUGACUGACUGGGGGAGUCUUCCUGGACUAAUUUCUCUCUUGGACUUUAGCAUAACAAGUCAAGCUUUGAAGUCAACGGGAGAUUCACCCCCAAAAAGUCCAUGUGGGUCUUCCUCGUUGGUCUGCAGCCGCUUCUGGAAGGAGGAAGAGCUCAUGGAGUCGUAACAGUACAGGAAGGAGGAAGAGCUCAUGGAGUCGUAACAGUACAGGAAGGAGGAAGAGCUCAUGGAGUCGUAACAGUACUAUCCCAGUACUGCUCAAUCUCUACAUUUAUUUGUCCUUUUGGUUGUGGUCAAUAAUGGGACUAUUUCCUGGUGAUCUUUGUCCCCCCCUUGAACUAGAAGGAUAUUUUAUCACCUGACUGUUAGAAUGGUGACUGUCUGUUAGAAUGGUGACUGUCUGUUAGAAUGGUGACUGUCUGUUAGAAUGGGGACUGACUGUUAGAAUGGGGACUGUUUGUUAGAAUAUCCUUCUGUUAGAAUGGUGACAGUCUGUUAGAAUGGUGACUGUCUGUUAGAAUGGUGACUGUCUGUUAGAAUGGUGACUGUCUGUUAGAAUGGUGACUGUCUGUUAGAAUGGUGACUGACUGUUAGAAUGGGGACUGACUGUUAGAAUGGGGACUGUUUGUUAGAAUAUCCUUCUGUUAGAAUGGUGACUGUCUGUUAGAAUGGUGACUGUCUGUUAGAAUGGUGACUGACUGUUAGAAUGGUGACUGACUGUUAGAAUGGUGACUGUCUGUUAGAAUGGUGACUGACUGUUAGAAUGGUGACUGUCUGUUAGAAUGGUGACUGUCUGUUAGAAUGGUGACUGACUGUUAGAAUGGUGACUGACUGUUAGAAUGGUGACUGUCUGUUAGAAUGGUGACUGUCUGUUAGAAUGGGGACUGUCUGUUAGAAUGGUGACUGACUGUUAGAAUGGUGACUGACUGUUAGAAUGGUGACUGACUGUUAGAAUGGUGACUGACUGUUAGAAUGGUGACUGACUGUUAGAAUGGUGACUGACUGUUAGAAUGGUGACUGACUGUUAGAAUGGUGACUGUCUGUUAGAAUGGUGACUGACUGUUAGAAUGGUGACUGACUGUUAGAAUGGUGACUGACUGUUAGAAUGGGGACUGUCUGUUAGAAUGGUGACUGUCUGUUAGAAUGGUGACUGACUGUUAGAAUGGUGACUGACUGUUAGAAUGGUGACUGUCUGUUAGAAUGGUGACUGACUGUUAGAAUGGUGACUGACUGUUAGAAUGGUGACUGUCUGUUAGAAUGGUGACUGUCUGUUAGAAUGGGGACUGUCUGUUAGAAUGGUGACUGUCUGUUAGAAUGGGGACUGACUGUUAGAAUAUCCUUCUGUUAGAAUGGUGACUGUCUGUUAGAAUAUCCUUCUGUUAGAAUGGUGACUGUCUGUUAGAAUGGGGACUGACUGUUAGAAUGGGGACUGUUUGUUAGAAUAUCCUUCUGUUAGAAUGGUGACUGUCUGUUAGAAUGGUGACUGACUGUUAGAAUGGUGACUGUCUGUUAGAAUGGUGACUGACUGUUAGAAUGGUGACUGUCUGUUAGAAUGGUGACUGUCUGUUAGAAUGGUGACUGUCUGUUAGAAUGGUGACUGUCUGUUAGAAUGGUGACUGACUGUUAGAAUGGUGACAGUCUGUUAGAAUGGUGACUGUCUGUUAGAAUGGUGACUGACUGUUAGAAUGGUGACUGUCUGUUAGAAUGGUGACUGACUGUUAGAAUGGUGACUGUCUGUUAGAAUGGUGACUGACUGUUAGAAUGGUGACUGACUGUUAGAAUGGUGACAGUCUUUUUCUUUUUAUAUAAUUUUUCAUCAAGCUCCUCGUCGUGAUGUGUGCCUGUGUGAUGAUGUGUAGGGCUUGGAGUUCGUUUUUUCUAGGCUCGUCUCCAGAAAGUAUUUUAAGGGUAGGGAUGCUGAUCUGAGAUCUGUUCAAUAUAUUAUUCAUCAUUGUUGGGGCGGCAGGUAGCCUAGUGGUUAGAGCGUUGGGCCAGUAACCGAAAGGUUGCUAGAUCGAAUCCCAGAGCUGACAAGGUAAAAAUGUCAUUCUGCCCCUGAACAGGCAGUUAACCCGCUGUUCCUAGACCGUCAUUGUAAAUAAGAAUUUGUUCUUAACUGACUUGUCUAGUUAAAUAAAAUUAAAAUAAUCUGAGAUCUGGCUAUAUAGGUCUUAUUCAUUAUGAUCUGAAAGGCUAAACUGAUCCUAGAUCAGCACUCCUACUCUGAGACGCUGGCCCUGGUCUGGCCAUAUGGUAAAACUCCUGGUCAUUCUGAUGGUGCAGUCAUGACAAGUCGGAAACUUUAAACUUCCGAGUUAUUUGCAUAGAGCUUCCUAUUUGUUGAUUUGUGAUACUUUCCAAGUGGGGAACCUGGGGCCUCAUCUUUCUUCAAGUUUCCAAGUCGUCUUGAACACUAGGAACCAAACGUAACAAAACGUUUUCCAUUGUGUAAUUGUUUUGCUACGGUUUGCACAAAUGAAUACACCCCAGGUGAGAACUCAAUGCCAAAUCACACGUGGAAACCAUUUUCACUUCAAUUUACAGAGUCAUAUUUGAUUUUAAUUUCUCUUUGUGGUGGUUUUAUUUCUAUUAUGGUGGUUGGAGGGGGGGUUGCUUGCAUUGAGUUCAGUGCCUUCUGGUAGACAUAACACUUGGGCCUAUCCAGUCUUAUAUGAACUUGAGGUUAAAUAAAUGGAAGUGACAAGUGAGAAA